AUGGUGACCCUCGCACCCCCGUCUUUGAGGGGUGUUCCCCCUCCCCCCUCUUGCCCUCUGUUGCCUCUGCUGCUGCGGCCGACCUCGUUGGUUUCAAGUCGGUCGGCGCUGCGUCUGCCCCGAGCGGGAGACGCCGCACCGGCAAGGGCAAGGGAGGCAAGGGCGCUGGAGGGGCUGGCGGGGGCGGUAGCGGUGGUGGUGGAGGCAGUGGAGGGGGUGGGGAUGGUGGUGGGAGUGGUGGCGGGGGUGGAGGUGUCGGUGGCAGCAGUGGAGGCGGCGGAGGCGGCGGCGGUGGCGGAGGGAGCGGAGGCGGCGGAGGUGGUGGAGGCGGCGGAGGCGGCGGAGGUGGCGGAGGCGGCGGCGGCAGCAGUGGACCUGGUGGCGGCUCUGCGCAGAGGAGUGGCUCCGGUGGUGGUGCGCGCCAGCAACAGCAGAGCAGUCGUGAGACCCUGUCCCCUCAGCAGCUUCGUGAGUGCUCCCUCCUUGAACCUCCUGCGCAAUGCGGGCUUCGAGGAAGCUUCCAUUGCAGCGGACUGGCCAUCGCCCCUGUCGGCCUGGGUGUCGCUUGUCCCCGGCGCAGCAGCGCAGCAGGGGCAGGUGGCGGGGGUGGUACAGGGGGAGGGGGGAGGGGGCGGGGAGCUUCCGCCCGGGGACCUGUCCGUGGCUGCUGAGGGCGGUCGGUUCGUGCACCUGCAGCCCAGCGACGGCUGUGGCGGCACCGGUGGCGAGCUUUGGGGCAGCGGGGCGAGCGAGAGGGAAGGGGCCGUGUGGCCCGUGCAGGGACUGGGGCAGCUGCUGUCCAUGAUCGUCGCCGUGCCCCUGUCAACCACGGCCGGCAGCACUGGCAGCAGCGUGGACGAAGCCGAGCUGGCGAGGGCGUUAGCAGGUGCUAUGAGCAGCGGAGCAGCAGACAUGAUGGUGCUGCAUGAGUGGACCGUGGGCGUUCCCUGCCGUAACAACUCCUACUCGCUCUCGGGCCUCAUGCCCUGGCGCCAGCACGGACCCUACUCCUUCCACCUCCCUCCCUCCCCCGCCUCCGCCGCUGCUCUAUCCUUCCCGGCGCAAGGCGUGGCGCUGCACCUGGUGCUGCUGGAGGGCAGUGCGGCGGACAGCAGCUCCACGCCCUCUGCUGCCACUGUGGAACUGCCUGUUCUCGCUCCCUUACCUCCGAUCGUGCCUGGGGGUGCGUCUGUAGCAUCAGCAGCAGCGGUGGAAGGUGGGGAGCUCACGUCAGCGGCAGCGGCAGCGGGGAACAUCGAUGUGGAUCUGAUCACGGUCGCUCCCAGAGGCACAGGUGCGCUCACAGUGAUCCGCUUUUUGGGAUCACUGGUGAGCUUCUUGGGAUCACACGUGCUCACUCCACUCACAACAGGUCGGUUGAAGUGGCAGCAGGAGCUCCAAUGGCAGCAGCAGCCUGCCACAUCAGCACAGCCUGGCAGUGGAGUUUGA